AUGUUAAAACAUGUUUUCCGAAUUCCUAGUCUAGGCCAACGACACUAUUCAGCAAUUGCACCCGAGAUUGCAAAUUUUGUUUCUCCGUCUAUUGAACCCUUGAACAAGAAAAACUUGAUCGGCCUGUCAUUAGAAGAUCUCCAGAAGGAAUUGACAGUGAAUGUCAAGAAUUCCAAGAAAUAUACAGCUGCUCAACUGUGGCAUCACAUGUACAGACAAGGAUCAAGCUCCUUUAGUGAAUUUUCAAAUAUGUCCAAAGACCUUCGAGCCGAAUUAGAAAGCAAAUACACUAUUCAUUAUGGCGAUGUAGAGUUGGACAAACUGGCAGAAGACAAAACCCGAAAAUUCCUUAUUGGCUUCAAUACUCGACGAGAACCUGGUGCAAUCGUAGAGACUGUGUUGAUCCCAGAGAGCAGAAGAGCGACCUUGUGUGUAUCGUCACAGAUUGGUUGCUCAUUAAAAUGCAGUUUCUGCCAUACAGGUACCCAGAAGCUUUUGAGAAGUCUGACAGCAAGCGAAGUUGUUGGUCAGUACAUGGUUGCUGCCCAUCGUUCGGGGGACUUUCCAUUGCGCCAGGAUACUAAGCGAACAGUGUCUAACAUGGUGUUUAUGGGUCAAGGUGAACCACUUUACAAUUGGAGGCAUGUCAGCAAAGCUAUCCGUAUCCUGACAGACCCACAAGGACUAGGCUGGUCUAAAUCAAAAAUAACUGUCUCCACUUCUGGUGUUGUGCCGCUAAUUCCAAAAAUUGCUUCUGAAUUGGGUGUAUCAUUAGCCAUAUCUCUUCAUGCUACUAAUAAUGAACUUCGUGAUGUACUUGUACCCCUCAACAAAACAUUCCCACUAGAAAUGGUACUAGACGCUUGCAAAAGCUAUGCGAAUCUGAUGGGUAAUAACGGUAGGCGGAUCACCUUUGAAUACGUGAUGCUGGACGGUGUGAAUGAUUCUAUAGCCGAGGCAAGGACCUUGGUUAAGUUAUUAAAGCAAUUACCAGCCCAUGUAAAUCUCAUUCCUUUCAACCCAUGGCCGGGAAGCAACUAUUUGACCUCAAAACCACAGCAAAUUGAAGAUUUUGCUCAGGUUGUACUCCGAGGCGGCUUGCAUUGUACCGUUCGUCGUCCACGCGGCCAAGAUAUAAUGGCUGCAUGCGGGCAACUCAAAAGUUCCAUGACUCAAAAAAAAUAA